AUGUUUCUUGCAUGGCAUAGAGCGCUGAAGGACUUAGUGGAGCGCAUGAAGAUGAACCCCUCCGACCCUGCGUGCAAUCCGAUUGUCGUCUUUCCAGAAGGCACCACGACCAACGGCCGCUGCUUGAUUCAGUUCAGGCGGGGCGCCUUCACGGCGCUGCAGAGGGUGCAGCCUUGUGUUUUGAUUUACACUUGGGGCUGCAUGCAUCCUGCCUACGAGUUGAUUCCCUCUCCUUAUUUCAUUUCCCUUUCUCUCUCAGCCUGGCCUGCUUCUGAGUUGAGAGCAUACUGGCUGCCUCCCAUAGAUCCUCCAGCGCCUGAGGGCUUUGAAUCUGAAGAAAAACGAAUUGCCGCAUUUGCUAGCCAAGUGCGCAACGCCAUGUGGAAGGUCUUGAAGAAAGAGCAUUACGACGCUGCCGAGUUUAGCGACGAGAGGUGUCCAGACACCUGGGAUGGCAACCAGGUCACAAGAAAACAGUUUACAGAACUUUUGCUGCGGGGCCCCACAGAAGCAGAACUGCAGCAGGAGAAGAAGCGCAGCUAG